AUGCAGGAGGAGCCUGUCCCCUUGGCUUUCUAUGUGCGAGACUCGGAAAUCAUCGCUUCCCUGGAGAAGACGCUGGCUGAACAGGCGCUGGAGACGGAGAAGGUGGUGGAGGUUGUCUACCAGCCCCAGGCGGUGUUCAAGGUGCGGGCCGUCACCCGCUGCACCAGCUCCCUGGAGGGCCACAGCGAGGCCGUCAUCUCAGUCGCCUUCAGCCCCACUGGGAAGUACCUGGCCAGCGGCUCCGGUGACACGACCGUGCGCUUCUGGGAUCUCAGCACAGAGACCCCACACUUCACGGCCAAGGGGCACCGCCACUGGGUCCUCUGCAUCGCCUGGUCGCCCGACGGCAAGAAACUCGCCUCUGGAUGCAAGAACAGCCAGAUACUUCUCUGGGACCCAGCCACGGGGAGUCAGAUCGGCCGGGUGCUGGCAGGACACUCCAAGUGGAUCACUUCCUUGUGCUGGGAGCCGCUCCAUUUGAAUCCAGAAUGCCGAUACCUGGCCAGCUCUUCCAAAGAUGGGAGCGUUCGCAUCUGGGACACAGUCGUGGGUCGCUGUGACAAGAUCCUGACUGGCCACACGCAGUCUGUGACUUGCAUCAAGUGGGGGGGAGACGGCCUGCUGUUCUCCUCCUCUCAGGAUCGGACCAUCAAAGUCUGGAGGGCCAAAGAUGGAGUUCUCUGCCGCACCCUCCAGGGUCACGGGCACUGGGUGAACACCAUGGCUCUCAGCACGGAUUAUGUUCUCCGCACCGGGGCUUUUGAGCCAGCCGAGGCCUCCAUCAACCCCCAGGACGUGAGCGGAUGCUUGGCAGAGAUAAAACAGAAAGCUCUACAGAGGUACAAUCAAGUCAGGGGGCAAGGGCCGGAAAGACUGGUCUCUGGAUCAGACGACUUCACACUGUUCCUCUGGGCCCCUGCAGAGGACAAAAAGGCUCUGCAGAGGAUGACGGGGCAUCAGGCGCUGAUCAACCAAGUUCUCUUCUCACCGGACAGCCGCGUCAUUGCCAGCGCAUCCUUCGACAAGUCCGUCAAGUUGUGGGACGGGAGGACCGGAAAGUUCUUGAUCUCCCUGCGAGGACACGUCUCCGCAGUAUACCAGAUCGCCUGGUCAGCUGACAGCCGUUCUCUCACAAGCAGCUCUCGAGACAGCUCUCUCAAAGUCUACCAAGUUAAGCUGUUAAAAAACUCCAACUGCAACCACUAAUCCAUCUUAAUGUUCUGUCCACAGGUGUACGCAGUGGACUGGAGUCCCGAUGGCCAGCGGGUGGCAAGUGGAGGCAAAGAUAAAUGCCUGAGGAUAUGGAGGAGAUAGUUGGGCCAAAAGAGUGCUGAGACUCGACCGAUUUGUUCUUUUGCCCGCCGUGCACCCCUUGGGCCUCCCUUCCUCUGUUUUAAUGAAGAAGGGCUGUUUCAAUUAAAAGAACCUAAGACUCUUCCCUGCAUCGAAACCAAGGAGGAAUCGCCCACCCUCGUCAGCACACAGAAACCGGUCUUGGAGGGAGGGGGCUUUUCCUGUGGCCUUUCACUAGCCUUGCCCCCCCACAUCCAGUUGCCCCCCCCCCCCCGUCUGUGUCACCUGUCCAACUGCGGUACGACAAUUGAGAGCAACAAGAGGUCCCAUGUUCAAAAUCUUGCCUGACUUGUUAGUUCACAUUUUAGGCAAGGCCCAGUUCAAUCCACCUGGGCCCCUGAGCCGCACUGUGGAGAUAAUGUGGGCUCCCCUUGCCGGGUGCUUGUAAAAGCUGCAGAGAGAAGGGACGUGGAAGGGCUUUGGGUACUCAAAAGAGUCCUGCAAGAAGCUGGUUUGCUCCGGCGGGAAUGGUCUGAGGCAAAGAAACAGCACUCUGCAUCUGCUCCGAGGCACUGAACCUUGGCAGUGGGGAGGGAUUCCAGGGCAGAUAAAGCCCUUGGGGGCCUGUCCCCUUUAUGACCUGGAUUAAGCCUCUUCCUCUUCCUGUUCGGGGCCUGCAUACAGAGGGCCAAGUGGAGAGGAGGCUGCCUCUCUCUCCCCGACCAGGCGCAUGUCCUCAUCUGACCCUCCUAAUCAAAAGUGAAAGAGAACGCCUCCCCCCCCCCCUUUCCUUUUUAAACAAAAAGCAGCAUGGUUAGCCGGCUCAAGAGAGUUAUUGAAGCUGGCGUUUAUUGAAAGCACCUGCUAAGAUUUACCAGUUUUGCCAAAGACGUUCAGGAUAACCUUUGGCUCGGACCAGAAGUCAUGUGGUGCUGCAUCUUGGUAGCAACCACAGCCAGCAUCUGCAGAGCAAGGCAUGAAUGCAAGCCCCCACACCCCAGACCUUCUGCCCAGUGUCUGGCGUUCUGAGGUAGAGUGCCUCUGUGUAUGGAGGGUCCAUUUAGCUACAUGAAUGUUUAUCUGAUCCCUUCCGGCAGCUGCAUAGGAUGGUGGAGGGGCUAUUGACGGAGAAAUACCUGGCUCCAGAUCUCCAUUAACUGGCUGGCACUGCUCCCAGGAAGAUGAAGAAGAAGGAGCCUGUCUGGCUAAAAAGCAGGCCCAUGCCAGAAGUACCAGGUCAUCUGGUGCUCCUUGGCCUCCUUUCUUUGGGUUCAGAGGCA